AUGGCAAAGAAUAAGCCCAAGACGAAUAACUCCCGUGCGGCCCGGCGAGGCGCCUCGCCGAGUCUCGACUUGGACAAGUCCCUGACCUCUCUGCCCCGAGUCGAAUCUUCUCCAUCCACUCAGCGCCCUACCCUCUUGGCGGAUCGCGCAACUGCCGGAGUUCAGAAAAAGAGGAAGGGUAAGAACCUCACUAAGGCACAGCGGUUGAGACAGCAGAAGGGUAUGGACAGGGCCGAGGCGGUUAUGGACCAGUUGGAAAUUAAGAAGGCUAAGAGUUUCGUCCGGGCGAAGAUCGUGAACGAGCGAAGAGCUGAUUGGGAAGACACGAACAAGAAAACAUCCAUUCUCGCCGCUCUCCAGCAAAAUGAGGAAGCCGAAGAGGAUGAUGAUGAUGACAAUGACGACGAUGCUAUGACCACCGAGAAAAUCGAACCGGCAAAGCCUACGACAAAUGUCCUCCCCUCCUCCAACCUAGUUGCAGCCGAGUCUGUCCCUGCGGAUGAAUAUGAUGAAAUCACCUGA